AUGGCUGUGAUGUUCACGGGGCAUACUUUAUUUCUGGCAUUAACAAUAUUUGCUGUCUUCAGUUUUGAAGAAUCUGUAAGCAAUUACUCUGAUUGGGUGACUUUUGUAGAAAAUAUAGAUCAAUAUGAAAAACAGCAACGUGAAGGUCUCAGUGCUGAGCAGAAGCCGAAAAAAGCAGUUCUUCAUCCAAGCUUGUAUUUCGAUGCUGAAGAUGUUCAGGCACUGAGGCAGAAGGCUCAUACAAGCCAUUCACAUCUGUUUAGAGCCAUCAGAAGUGCAGUGAUAGCUAUGCUAUCCAACCCAUUAUACUACCUACCUCCACCCAAGCACGCUGAUUUUGCUGCAAAGUGGAAUGAGAUUUAUGGUAACAAUCUGCCACCUCUAGCAUUUUAUUGUUUGCUGUGUCCUGAAGAUAAAGCUGCAUUUGAUUUUGCCCUGGAAUAUAUGGAUAGAAUGGCUGGCUACAAAAACUGGUUGGUUGAGAAUGCACCUGGAGAUGAAGUGCCACUCGGUCACUCCCUGACAGGAUUUGCCACUGCUUUUGACUUCUUAUAUAAUUCACUGGAAAAUGAGAGAAGGCAAAAAUACCUGGAGAAGAUAUGGUCCAUAAGCAAGGAAAUGUAUGAGUACUCAAAGGUUCGUUCCUGGGGAAAGCAGCUUCUCCAUAACCACCAAGCAACCAAUAUGCUUGCUUUGCUUAUCGGGGCCUUAGUUGCAGGGGUGGACAAAGGAUCUCAGGCAAAUAUUUGGAAACACGCCGUUGUUGAUGUGAUGGAGAAAACAAUGUUUCUGCUUAGUCAUGUUGUAGAUGGGUCUCUGGAUGAGGGAGUAGCUUAUGGGAGUUACACAGCCAAGUCGGUAACCCAGUAUGUUUUCCUGGCCCAGCGCCACUUUGGUAUUAACAACUUGGAGAAUAACUGGCUCAAGAUGCACUUUUGGUUUUACUAUGCCACCCUAUUACCAGGCUUUCAGAGGACUGUGGGUGUAGCAGAUUCUAAUUACAACUGGUUUUAUGGUCCUGAGAGCCAACUGGUUUUCCUGGAUAAGUUUGUCUUGAAGAACGGAGCUGGCAACUGGUUGGCACAGCAGAUUAGAAAACACAGACCCAAGGAUGGGCCAAUGGUUCCAUCCACUGCACAGAGGUGGAGCACACUACACACUGAAUUUAUAUGGUAUGCUGCUGAAAUCACUCCUCAGCCACCUGCUGACUAUGGUAGUGCUAAAAUGCAUGUGUUUCCUAACUGGGGAGUUGUUACUUAUGGGGCUGGGUUGCCAAACAGUCAGACAAACACCUUUGUGUCCUUCAAGUCUGGAAAACUUGGUGGACGUGCUAUCUAUGACAUUGUUCACUUUCAACCGUAUACCUGGAUUGAUGGAUGGAGAAGUUUCAAUCCAGGACAUGAACAUCCUGAUCAGAACUCUUUCACUUUUGCUCCCAAUGGACAGGUGUUCGUAUCUGAGGCUCUUUAUGGACCUAAACUCAGCCACUUGAACAAUGUCUUGGUCUUCGCACCAUCUCCUACAAGCCAGUGCAACCAGCCUUGGGAAGGACAGCUUGGUGAGUGUGCCCAGUGGCUGAAGUGGAUUGGUGAUGAGGUUGGAGACUCAACUGGAGAAAUUGUAACAGCCUCACAGGCUGGAGACAUGAUGUUUGUGAGUGGUGAGGCGGUAUCUGCUUACACAUCAGCAAUGAAAUUGAAAAGCGUGUAUCGUGUUUUGCUGCUUUUAAAUUCUCAGACAUUGUUAGUAGUAGACAAUAUUGAAAAAGAGGAAGACUCUCCUGUUAAUUCUGUCAGUGCCUUUUUUCAUAAUCUGGACAUUGAUUUUAAAUACAUACCCUAUAAAUUUAAGAACAAAUACAAUGGAGCUAUGAUGGAUGUGUGGGAUGCCCACUACAAGAUGUUUUGGUUUGAUCAUCAUGGGAGUAGUCCUGUUGCUAGGAUACAGGAGGCAGAACAAGCUGCUGAAUUCAAAAAGCGAUGGACUCAAUUCAUAAAUGUUACCUUUCCAAUGAAAAACACACUUACAAGGAUUGUUUACCUUUUCUAUGGCCCUUAUGUCAAUGUUUCUAACUGUAGACUCAUAGAUAAUGCAAAAUCUGGAUUUCAGAUUUCGCUCAGUGUCAACAACACUGAAAAUACUAUUUCUGUUGUGACUGAAUAUCAGAAUUUAAAGACAAGGUUCGAUUACUUGGGAUUUGGUGGUUUUGCCAAAGUAGUUCAUGAAAACGAAGUGACCAAGUUUGGUCUAGGUACCGAAUCUGUGAAAAAACAGAUAAAAAGUCAUAGGGCAGUUUUCCCUUUUGGAUUCAAAGUGAACAUAAUUGCAGGGUUAAUUUUGGGUGUUAGUUUGGUCAUACUGGCUUUUCAGUGGCGGUUUUACAUAUCCUUUGGUAAAAUGUUGCGUUGGAUCCUGAUACUGGUUGUCACACUGUGGCUUAUUGAAUUGGUAGAUGUGUGGAGCAUGUGUACUCAGCCCAUCUGUGCAAAAUGGAGCAGUGGCAUAACAAAGCUAGAACAUGAUGAAGGCAAUAAAGCCAAACAAUUAGAAGGAAACCCUGUUGUUUUGCCAGAUGUUAUCAUUACUUCACUUCCUGCUUCUGGUGCAGAAAUUUUAAAACAGCUGUUUUUCAAUAGCAGUGACUUCUUAUACAUCAGGAUACCUACACCCUAUCUCGAAAUUCCUGAGACUGAAUUUGAAAUUGAUUCAUUUGUAGAUCCAUGUGAAUGGAAGGUUUCUGAUGUCCAGAAUGGUCAUUUUCGUCUUAUCCAAGGGUGGCUUCAGUCUUUAGUUCGAGGCACAAAGUUACAUUUACAAAACAUUCGUUUAUAUGAAGCCAGCAGAAGUAAAAUUGCUCAGCAUUUUACCAUAAACAAAGACAAAAAGAAAAGAUCAAAAAAGAGAGAAUCUCUGUCAGAGCAAAGAAGUAGGGCAAGAGGGAGUCAAGAUAAAGAUGCCGAAUAUAUUAGGGAGCUAAGAAAGCAUCUCUCUUAUUAUCCUAAUGCACGACCUGUACUUAGUUUAAGUAGUGGGAGCUGGACAUUAAAGCUUCCCUUCUUUCAGGAAAUCCUGGGACCAUCAAUGAGAGCAUUAUAUGUAGUGAGGGACCCACGGGCAUGGAUCUAUUCAAUGUUGUACAAAAAUAAGCCAAACCUUUACUCUUUGAAAAAUGUUCCACAACACUUGGCUGCAAUGUUUAAAUGGGAGAAUGGUAAAGAAAAAUGUAGUUUAAAUGAAGGCUAUGCCUUUGAAUAUGAAUCAUUAAGAAAAGAACUUUCAAAUUCUAAUUCAAAUGCAGUUUCUGUGUUGUCUUAUUUAUGGCUAGCAAACACAGCAGCAGCUCUGAGAAUAAAUGGGGUCCUGCUGCCAAGAAAUUAUCAGCUAGUCAAGUUUGAAGAUAUUGUGAGCUUUCCUCAGAAGACAGCUGAAACAAUUUUUGCCUUUCUUGGUAUUCCUCUUCCUCCUGCUAGGUUAAACCAAAUAUUAUUUGCCACCUCCACCAAUCUUUUCUAUCUUCCUUAUGAAGGGGAAAUUUCACCAAGUAGCAUUCAUUCCUGGAAACAAAACAUGCCCAAUGAAGAGAUUAGACGGGUUGAAGAUAUCUGUUAUUCUCUAAUGGAUCGCUUAGGAUACCCAAAGUUUAUAGAAUAA